CGUUGUGCGGCCGAGUGCGUGUGUGUGGAAUGUCUUGUAGUUCUAAUUCAAUGCGUGCAAUGAGGUUUUUCAGUCAAUUGUAUUUCCUGAAAUGACUUGGUUGAAUCAUAACGCACAAGUUAUGACAAUUCAAAGUUGUCAAACGUGAAGCGGACGUAGUGAUGGAUCUUAACAGUACUAUGGAGGGUCCGUCACCCGGUGAACAGGAACAUGCGUGUCGGGAAACAGGCAUUUUAGCGAACGAAGAUUGGAGAGUUGACAAAAAAUCAUCUAAGAAAGAUUCUAUGGACUCUGGUGUUGCUGGUCUUCGAGAUCAGCAUUUGAAUAGCAAUAACAAAAGUUGCAGCGGUUGUACCGAUACGGAUUCCUCAGAAAUAGAAGUGUCGUCUGGAAAGACAACAUACUUGAAAGGCAAAUUUCUUGGCAAGUCAAAUAGCAGAGAAGUGAUCCGAAAGAAGUUACGUAUCUGUGCAAAGUUGCCUUCUGUUCCUUGUUUUGGCAGCGAGCCAUCCAGCCUCCGCUCAAAACGUGACUUCGAGGAUGACGCCUUACAUGGUUGUGUUCCGUAG